AUGGGACGUCCCCUUUUCGUACAGUCCGCCAAUCAGAAUAGCCAGGUUGGAGAGACGUCAUCGGAGAGUAUGGGGGAAGAAGCCCGUGGUUCUCCAACGGGGUGGCAGUCUACCGGGAAGAACGACAACAAAGGUAGGUGACCCAUGAUUCAUAUUUUAAAGGCACUAGUUAUCAUUCUCCACUGUACGAUUUCGCGUGCGCCAGGACACGAAUGGUGACACUAUGAUUACGUGUAUAUUUCUUAUUUAUAGCCAACAUUGUGUAUGCCUAUUGGUCUACAACCACCUAUUAACAAAAGCACAACGACUGGUUAACACAAAAGACAAGUCAACAGCCUAGGAACCGGUGUUCUUACUCCUUUGUUACUGUAUUUGAUCAUACAAUGUCAGUAGAAGUAAUGCCCUGUCUUUUAUAAUUAAUAGGCCUACAGUAUUUGUUUACAUGUCUGUUUGGGGACAUUAGAUGGCAAUGCUGAAGUACAGUAGUGGUCCUCUGUAGCUCAGCUGGUAGAGCACGGCGCUUGAAACGCCAAGGUAGUGGGUUCGAUCCCCGGGACCACCCAUACACAAAAAUGUAUGCACGCAUGACUGUAAGUCGCUUUGGAUAAAAGCGUCUGCUAAAUGGCUUAUUAUAUUAUUAUGUUUUGGAUUACCCACCAGUAUAAAGGCAACAGUUUUGUUGACAAUAGAGGCUAGGCUACAGUAUUACCAUAUCCUGAGCUGCAGUGUGCAUGUUAGGCAAUUUGUUACAAAUAGCAAAAUGGAAAGAUGCCGGCAUCUACUUUGUGGUAGGCCUACCACGACUGUCACACUUUGUCAAGAAAUGCAACACGUCAUAACCUGUAUCGGAGAAAAUAUGAAGAAAAGACUGCUCUGCUCUUCCUUUGCAUGAAACAUUCGCGGCAAAAAUUACCCCGCGAGAGUUCUUUAUACAUAUUGGAAGGGGGAGGAGAAAUGAAACCAGCUGUUGGUUGUCAUUAGUUACCACAGCCACAAAGACAAAAUUGGCUAUAUCUUAAAAAUGCAUAAAAACUUCAUUUAAGGUUACGUUUAGGCAUAGGGUUAGCAGUGUGGUUCAGGCUAGGGUUAGGUUUAAAAUCCAAUUUUAAGAAGAUCAAUUGUAGAAAGAGGCGGUGUUUAGCCAUGAUUAGGACUGUGGCUGUGGUAACUAGUGAUGACCCAGCGUGUCGAACUCAGAACUGACGGAGAAAGGGAAAACAAUGUGGUUUGCACAUUUUGCAAACGCGUGUCUACAAUAGUCGCCCAUGGAUGGGAUCAUUUGACUUCGCCUAUGUAACACCCAUAUACUUACACAAUAAUUAAACCUAAUAAACUACCCGUUGCGUUUGGCAGUUUCCCUUUUCCGAGUCCUUCAGUCUUAUAAUGAACCCCUAAAGGGGUCGGUUUUAUAUUGUACAACCAUUAGGCCUUUAUGAAGGAUAGCCUAAUAUUACUGAAAUAAGUUAAAGCAGGAUUGAUUUGUCGAAGAACUAUCCUUUGACUAUUGCCACACAACAACAAAAAGUCAAGCAGCCCUUUCUCUUUAGAACAAAAGAUUGAGCGACCUCAUCCAUUGGUCGGUUGUCUACCCCAAUACCCCAUGCUGCCCCCUGAAGCAGAACAGGGUUGGUUUAAUUAUGGGAUAGGCAUGUCAGUUGUUAUGACAACAUAGAGCUUUUGACCUUCCUGUGAAGGAGUGGUCCCCAUCUUCUUUUUGCCUGAUUGGGGGCUGUUAUGGCUUCAGAUAUAAUAAUAAUAAUAAUAUAAUAUGCCAUUUAGCAGACGCUUUUAUCCAAAGCGACUUACAGUCAUGCGUGCAUACAUUUUUUUGUGUAUGGGUAGUCCCGGGGAUCGAACCCACUACCUUGGCGUUACAAGCGCCGUGCUCUACCAGCUGAGCUACAGAGGACCACAUGACAGAUAUACUAUUGUCAAGAAAAACGUGACACUGGUAAUUACAAAUUUGACCCAAGAAAAUAUAGGCUUAAAUACAGAAGGAUUGUCAUUUAGUUGUUGGUGUAUAAUAUUUGAAACCAGUACUUUUAUUCAAAUUAUUACAGAGGUGCAAAUGUUAUAUUUGAAAUAAAUGCUAUGAUUUCCAUGUGAAAUGUCUCUGUUUUGUGUCAUUUUUUAGAUAACAGAAAAAUGGCGACAAAUGUGGACCUGGACCAGACCAAAGAUGCCACUGCAGAGAAAUGCAGCCGUUUCGAACUGCUGGACUGGCUCAAUAAGACCCUGGACAUCAAAUUCACCAGGGUGGAGCAGAUAUGUUCAGGUACUGUCUCACUAGGUCACACAGCUUCAUUGCUAUGCUAUAACAAGAAUCCUAGAGCUGUCUACAAUGCUUUUAUCACAUAUACAAAUGCAGACUCCUGACACUUAGUGGACAGGUACCUUUCUCUCUAAUGACUGAUGAAAAGCACAUGUUUCACUAUAGCAGGGGUCUCCACUCAUUUCUAGCAUGAGAGCUACUUUAAAAAAAUGAAACAUGUUGUGAUCUACACAUUUUUUCCUAGCUUUCAAAUAGGCACAUUCUUCUCUCCCCUGCAAACUCUUCCGGAGGUCCUUAGUGUACAAGAGAAAGUAGUGCACUAUGUUUUCUGCCAUUAUACCUGGUAAAAUAAUUGUUAAUAGACAACUCUAAGGGGGCCCCUAUAAAAUCUAUGAUUUCCCCCCCCAAAUUCUGUUGUAUAUUUUCCCAAAUUCUGUUCUCAGUUAUUUUUCACUCUUAAAAUUACAAUUGUUCAUAGAGAAACAACGAAAUUGGAUGUUCUGAGUCCAUGUCAAUGCUUAACCCAUAAGAGUUUAAUCCCUGUCUAAGCCUGGGGGGGGGGGGGGUACAAACGCAUUGAAGAACAUAUUCACUACAUGGAACAACAGAUAGUCCCCCAAAAAAAUCGAAAGGAAGUUUGUUCUGAAGUGUCUGUCAUAUAUCUGAGAGAUAUAAGAAAAACCAGGAAACAUUUGUAAUUUUUGUACAUGUAUUUACGCCCUUAUUUUUGUCAUUAAACAGUAUCCAUAUACUGUAUAGUUCCAUACAUUUUUCCGACUGGUACCGUGGGACCAGUCUUGUGAGGCCUGUGCUACAGACAUAAGUUGGCAGAUCGGCUGUACCGACUUCAGACGAGUCCCAAGAUGCUUGUUGGAGUCGUAGAGCAAAACGGAGAACACCACCGUGUUCGUGUGAGUCUGUGGGCGUCCUAGAGCAAAACACCUUUACAUAGAGGUGUCAUAAUGUUUUUGUAGGCCAAACCGUUCGGACGCUACAGACGAUUUUGUGAGAAAAACGGUUUUCGGGAUGUCUCAUGGUCUGACAAACACUGCUCUAGCUCUGUCACCUUUCUCCGCAGAUGCGGAAGUGUUACGUAGGCGGAUGCAGUGGAUUAUCUCAAGCUUAAACUGACAGAUUUUAUGGGGAUGUUUUUAUAAUACUAAUUAGAUUUCCGCGGGGUGCGGACAUCAACCUUAGGGGGUUAAAUCACAUCAGAAGACACAUUUUUUUAGGUCUGGAAGAACAUUUUAACACAUUUUGAUUGUUUUGUGUAAUUCCCCUUUAACUGCGCAUCUAGCGAACGAGGAAUGUGCCGUCUAAUGAACGGGUCUAGCGAUGGUUCUGUACUGCUGCUGCUCAUUUCAUGGCAAAGUUUGCAAAUAACCACUACAGUUAACAAAAAUAUAAACGCAACAUGUAGGUUGGUCCCAUGUUUCAUGAGCUGAAAUAAAAGAUCCCCAAAUGUUUCCAUUUGCACCUAAAAAAAUGGUCUCUCAAAUUUUGUGCACAAUUUUAUUUACAUCCCUGUUAGUGAGCAUUUCUCCUUUGCCAAGAUAAUCCAUCCACCUGACAGGUGUGGCAUAUCAAGAAGCUGAUUCAACAGCAUGAUCAUUACACAGGUGCACCUUGUGCUGGGGACAAUAAAAUGCCACUCUAAAAUAUGCAGUUUUGUCACACAACACAGAUGUCUCAAGUUUUAAGGGAGUGUGCAAUUGGAAUGCUCACCGCAGGAAUGUCCACCAGAGCUGUUGCCAGAGAAUUGAAUGUUCAUUUCUCUACAAUAAGCCGCCUCCAACGUUGGUUUAGAGAAUGUGGCCGUAUGUCCAACCGGCUUCACGACCACAGACCACGUGUAUGGUAUCGUGUGGGCAAACGGUUUUCUGAUGUCAACAUUGUGAACAAAGUGCCCCAUGAUGGCGGUGGGGUUAUGGUAUGGGCAGGCAUAAGCUAUGAACACAAUUGCAUUUUAUCGAUGGCUAUUUGAAUGCACAUAGAUACCAUGACGAGAUCCUGGGGCCCAUUGUCGUGCCAUUCAUCCGCCGCCAUCACCUCAUGUUUCAGCAUGAUAAUGCAUGGCCCCAUGUCACAAGGAUCUGUACACAAUUCCUGGAAGCUGAAAAUUUCCCAGUUCUUCCAUGGCCUGCAUACCAACCAGACAUGUCUCCCAUUGAGCAUGUUUGGGAUGCUCUGGAUCGACGUGUAUGACAGCGUAUUCCAGUUCCCGCUAAUAUCCAGCAACUUCAGACAGCCAUUGAAGAGGAGUGGGACAACAUUCCACAAGCCACAAUCAACAGCCUGAUCAAAUCUAUGCGAAGGAGAUGUCGCUCUGCAUGAGUCAAAUAGUAGUCACACCAGAUACUGACUGGUUUUCUGAUCCACACCCCUACUUUUUUUUAAAGGUAUCUGUGACCAACAGAUGCAUAUCUGUAUUCCCAGUCAUGUGAAAUCCAUAGAUUAGGGCCUAAUUUAUUUAUUUCAAUUGACUGAUUUCCUUAUAUGAACUGCAUGUUGCAUUUAUAUUUUUGUUCAGUAUAAUAGAUAGAAAUGAUAUCAAUACUCAUGAUAUACUUCUGCCAGGCAAGCCUACUUUGCAGUUAACAUUUAAUUGAGAAGGUUUUGGGGUAAGUAUUUAUGUCAACCCACAAGACGGUUAUCACAUCAAGUUAUCACGGAGUGAUAAACAAACGCGUGCACCACACCGACAGACAGGGGCAAUAUUGCUGGAAAUUAAUUGGCAGAUAUUGUGUUAGGUUUGUCUUUUUAAGCCAACAGUGGCUAACCAGGGGUGGGAUAAUGUCAAUGUUGUGUUGAUUAGAUAGUAGCUGGGAGCUUGCAGUGUCUGAUACUUGUGAGAUUUGUUUAUGACAGUUUGCGGUGGAACAUGUGAAAAUUGCAUGUACUUUCAGAAUUGUUACUUAUAAGUGAGUGGGCUGCGAGCUACUGGUAGCUUGUGAUUGACCUGUUGGAGACUACAGCCUAUUCUGUCCUGCUCUCCCUCGUUACUAGAGAGCCUUAAACGUCUAUUGUGUGUGUGUGGUGUGCAGGUUCCUGCUACUGCCAGCUGAUGGACUGGAUCUUUCCUGGGUGCAUCAACCUGAGCACAGUGAAGUUCCAGGCCCAGGACAUGCCAGACUUCCUCCACAACUACAAUCUGCUCCAAGCUGGCUUCGACAAGACUGGUGUCACCAAGGUUAGACUACACCCCAUUUUGUCUCUGAAAAUAAAUGACUUACACCCAUAGCUUUUUGUCCAUUACAUUUAAGUCAAUGAUCUUUUUUAUUGUAUGUUAAUAUUUUAUAUAUGAGCAGAGAUUUCUCCUUUUGUUUCUAUGUGGUAUUUGCUUAUUGUUCUAAAUCCCUCCCCUUUAGUUUGUUCCAGUGGAGGAGCUGAUAAACGGAAAGUUCCAGCCCAACUUCGUAUUCCUGAAGUGGUUCAAGAGGUUUUUCCGGGCUAACCUGGCAGGGCAGGUGUAUAACCCUGUAGAGGCUCGCCAGGGCCAGGACAUCCAGCCUGCCAGAUCCCGCUUCCGCUCCCCUCAGAGACUUGACCUCAAAGGCCGCAAUUCUGCCAGGCGCAGCUCCAGUCAAUCAGGUGUUCAUUAUUUUACUUAUCAUGGGUUGAAAUAUUAUUUGUGCUGUUUAUGACCUUAUAUUCAAGAUAGAUUAUUGUUGAUCUUUUUGUGUUAAUCAAUUUGUGCUUUCCUAUUUUUCGCGACAGGGGGGUUGGAAACCGACACAGAUGAAGAAGCUUUAGGGAAGUAUCAAAGGAAACGUAUUAUUUAUGAGGAUAUAUGGAGGGAGACUUACUCCUGGGUGGGGCCCAGCACUCUGGGAGAGAUCUAUGCCUACUGCAGUCUGUGCGACCUGAACCUCAACAUCUAUCACUCAGGCCUGUUGGACCUGAAGCGUCACUCACAGUCCAAGAAGCACCGCAAGCUUUCCCUGGCUGCCAGUGAUGGCACCCUAACGCCAGAGUCAGGAAAAAGCAGACAGGGCAGCUGCAGCGACCCUCCGCCCUGUAGUGAGUUGGUCAUGCGCUUCAUUCAAGCCAACUGUGUCUCUGGUCCCUCCGCGGCUGGGGACCAAGUGUCUAACAGAUACGGCCAGUAUGUCCUGGGACUACAGUACCCAGAGGACAUAGUGUCUGCCUGCCAAAAGACUCCUUACUGCAUAUACAUGUACGGAGGAGUGGUGCUAGGGCAGGCUGACAUGGCUUCUGUAGUUCUAGUGGGGUAUUUUGAUGUGAAGGCAGCCAGGCACUGCAUCAGGCUGUUGGAUGUUCUGCAGCCUCCAGGUGAUGACAAUGCUGGAGACAAAACAGCUGCAGCUCUGGUGGAGACCAUGGAGAGGUUUGGGCUUCCUGCAGCUAACCUCGCUGCUCUCUACUCAGAUGGUAAUGGUUCUGCCUCGGAGCCAAUUUUCUCACAGCUCAGGGAACUCAACCCCAAUGUGGUGGUGCUAGGUGGGCUGUAUGGAGUGGCUGAUGCAGCCUGCCAUGCUGGAGUGGCGGAGCUCUCCACUCAGGCCCAGGAGCUAAUUGUCGAUAUCUACUCCCACUACUCCUCCUGCUCCACCAAGGAUGACAACCUGAAGGAACUGUUUUCCCGCAUUAGCAGUGGCCUCACCCUUCCCCUCACCACCUGCUGCCUUAACUUCUGCAUGUUAGUCAGGAAGGUUUUGGGAAAGUGGACCGAUCUCAUCUCCCACUUCAGCUCCUGUAACAAAAAGGAUGACAUAGAUAACAAGGCCAAGCUGAUCUGCACACAGCUGCAGGAUCCCAAACUCAGGGCUAUCUUCAUGUUUCUGGACCAGGCCCUAGAGCCCCUCCGUGUCUUCCAGGAGCGACUGCAUCACCAUGAGGGCUCAGCCCGGGCCGACUUGGUGCAGAUCCUACAGGACGCCAGCGGCCUCCUGCGCUCCUAUGCCUCCAGUUUCCUCCGUCCUCAAGCCGUUGUGCGCUUCCUCAAGGAACGUGACACCUUUCUCCUCAAGACCACAACGUUCCACCUGCCAGGGGCGGAGCUGAAUGUGGGCGGGGCUGCAGUGGAGGACUUCCUGUGUGAGUCAUCAGAGAAAGGAAGUGAAGCCCUGCAGUUGUUACAGGAACAGGCUCUGUCGUUCUACACAGCGCUCACAGCCAGCGUGGCGGAGGGGCUGCCUCUGAGUGACGGCGUGUUGAGGAGCAUGGCCCAGCUACUGAGCCCUCAGGGCAGGCUGAAGGUCACGGGGAAGGCUGUGGGAGAUCUGGGGGCCAAACUGGGGCUCUGCAGCUCACCUGAGGAGAUCAGCCAGCUAAACAAGGAGUUCCUGGAAUAUCAGCUGGGAGAGGAGGACGAGGGAGAAAACGGAUGUGAUGGAGGGGUCCAGAAUGGCUCGGCAGCACCCUCACUGGAGCAACAUUGGAGCACUGUGCUGAAGGCUUCUGGGUCGACCACCAUCUUCAGGAAACUUGUUUUGACCCUCUUAGCCAUGCCCUGCCCCCCACUUGAAGCUCAGAAGGUCUUCACACAGGUAUGUGUAGACAAAAAGCGUCACACACUUGUAUGUCACUGCAUGCCUGCAUGGAAGUUAUUGCAUUGGUACAGUCCCAUUUAUGUACAGUACCAGUCAAAAGUUUGGACACACCUACUCAUUCAAGGGUUUUUCUUUGUGACGACAUAAACUAUGAAAUCAUGGAGUAACCAAAAAAGUGAUAAACAAAUCAAAAUAUAUUUUAUAUUUGAGAUUCUUCAAAGUAGCCACCCUUUGCCUUGAUGACAGCUUUGCACACUUUUGGCAUUCUCUCAACCAGCUUCAUGAGGUAGUCACCUGGAAUACAUUUCAAUUAACAGGUGUGCCUUCUUUAAAGUUAAUUUGUGGAAUUUAUUUCCUUCUUAAUGCGUUUGAGCCAAUCAGUUGUGUUGUGACAAGGUGUGUGGGGGGGAGGGGGGAUAGCCCUAUUUGGUAAAAGACCAAGUCCAUAUUAUGGCAAGAACAACUCAAAUAAGCAAAGAGAAACGACAGUCCAUAAUUACUUUAAGACACGAAGGUCAGUCAAUACUGAACAUUUCAGGAACUUUGAAAGUUUCUUCAAGUGCAGUCACAAAAACCAUAUUGCGCUAUGAUGAAACUGGAUCUCAUGAGGACCACCACAGGAAUGGAAGACUCAGAGUUACCUCUGCUGCAGAGGAUAAGUUCAUUAGAGUUACCAGCCUCAGAAAUUGCAGCACAAAUAAAUGCUUCACAGAGUUCAAGUAACAGACACAUCUCAACAUCAACUGUUCAGAGGGGACUGUGUGAAUCAGGCAUUAAUGGUCGAAUUGCUGCAAAGAAACCACUACUAAAGGACACCAAUAAGAAGAAGAGACCUGCUUGGGCCAAGAAACACGAUCAAUGGACAUUAGACCGGUGGAAAUUUGUCCUUUGGUCUGGAGUCCAAAUGUAAGAUUUUUGGUUGAAACCGCUGUGUCUUUGUGAGACGCGGUGUGGGUGAACGGAUGAUCUCUGCAUGUGUAGUUCCCACCGUAAAGCAUGGAGGAGGAGGAGGUGUUAUGGUGCUUUGCUGGUGACACUGUCAGUGAUUUAUUUAGAAUUCAAGGCACACUUAACCAGCAUGGCUACCACAGCAUUCUGCAGUGAUACGCCAUCCCAUCUGGUUUGGGCUUAGUGGGACUAUAAUUUGUUUUUCAACAGGACAACGACCCAACAGACCUCCAGGCUGUGUAAGGGCUACUUUACCAAGAAGGAGAGUGAUGGAGUGCUGCAUCAGAUGACCUGGCCUCCACAAUCACCCGACCUCAACCCAAUUGAGAUGGUUUGGGAUGAGUCGGACGGCAGAGUGAAGGAAAAGCAGCCAACAAGUGCUCAGCAUAUGUGGGAACUCCUUCAAGACUUUUGGAAAAGCAUUCCAGGUGAAACUGGUUGAGAGAAUGCCAAGAGUGUGCAAAGCUGUCAUCAAGGCAAAGGGUGGCUACUUUGAAGAAUCUCAAAUAUAAAAUAUAUUUUGAUUUGGUUACUACAUGAUUCCAUAUGUGUUAUUUCAUAGUUUUGAUGUCUUCACUAUUAUUCUAUAAUGUAGAAAAUAGUAAAAAUAAAGAAAAACCCUUGAAUGAGUAGGUGUGUCCAAACUUUUGACAUUUUGUUACGUUACAGCCUUAAUGUAAAAUUGAUUAAAUAAAAACAUUUCCUCUACAAUCUACACACAAUACCCCAUAAUGACAAAGCUAAAACAGGUUUUUAGAAUUUUUUUGAAAUGUAUUCAAACAAAAAAAGAGAAAUACCUUAUUUACAUAAGUAGACUCAAAAUUGAGCUCAGGUGCAUCCUGUUUCCAUUGAUCAUCCUUUAGAUGUUUCUACGACUUUGAUUGGAGUCCACCUGUGGUAAAUUCAAUUGAUUGGACAGGAUUUGGAAAGGCACACACCUGUCUAUAUAAGGUCCCACAGUUGACAGUGCAUGUCAGAGCAAAAACCAAGCCAUGAGGACGAAGGAAUUGUCCGUAGAGCUCCGAGACAGGAUUGUGUCGAGGCACAGAUCUGUGGAAGGGUACCAAAACAUUUCUUUAGCAUUGAAGGUCCCCAAGAACACAGUGGCCUCCAUCAUUCUGAAAUGGAAGAAGUUUGGAACCAUGAAGACACUUGCUAGAGCUGGCCGCCUGGCCAAACUGAGCAAUCGGGGGAGAAGGGCCUUGGUCAAGUUCCUCUGUGGAGAUGGGAGAACCUUCCACAAGGACAACCAUCUCUGCAGCACUCCACCAUCUCUGCAGCACUCCACCAAUCAGGCCUUUAUGGUAGAGUGGCCAGACGGAAGCCACUCCUCAGUAAAAGGCACAUGACAACCCACUUGGAGUUUGCUAAAAGGCACCUAAAGACUCUCAGACCAUGAGAAACAAGAUUCUCUGUUAUGAUGAAACCAAGAUUGAACUCUUUGGCCUGAAUGCCAAGCGUCACGUCUGGAGGAAACCUGGCACCAUCCCUAAGAUGAAGCAUUGUUGUGGCAGCAUCAUGCUGUGGGGAUGUUUUUCAGCGGCAGGGAUACUAGUCUAGUCAGGAUCAAGGCAAAGAUGAACGGAGCAAAGCACAGAGAGAUCCUUGAUAAAAACCUGCUCCAGAGCGCUCAGGACCUCAGACUGGGGUGAAGGUACACCUUCCAACAGGACAACAACCCUAAGCACACAGCCAAGACAACGCAGGAGUGGCUUCGGGACAAAUCUCUGAAUGCCCUUGAGUGGUCCAGCCAGAGCCCGGACUUGAACCCGAUCGAACAUCUCUGGAGAGACCUGAAAAUAGCUGUGCAGCAACGCUCCCCAUCCAACCUGACAGAGCUUGAGAGGAUCUGCAGAGAAGAAUGGGAGAAACUCCCCAAAUACAGGUGUGCCAAGCUUGUAGCGUCAUACCCAAGAAGACUCGAGGCUGUAAUCGCUGCCAAAGGUGCUUCAACAAAGUACUGAGUAAAGGGUCUGAAUACUUAUGUAAAUGUUAUAUUUCCGUUCUUCAAACCUGUUUUUGCUUUGUCGUUAUGGGGUAUUGUGUGUAGAUUGAUGAGGGGAGAAAAAACAAUUUCCUCAAUUUUAGAAUAAGGCUGAAACCUAACAAAAUGUGGAAAAAGUCAAGGGGUCUGAAUACUUGUUUCUGCAUCUAUAUUAUUUGUGUCUGUCUGUGUUCUCAGGCUGUGGAGAAUGGGGACGCUGCCCAGUUCACUGACAGUGUGGCAGAGAGUGAGCUGGACUCCAUUCAGGAAGUAGACCUUACCAAUGAACUGACCAAUGACAGCACUCUCUCAGACAACAACAGUGUCAACAGGGUUGGCAGGAAGAAGAAAGGUCAUGGUCAUUCUAGAAAGAUUCCAUCAGGUAAGUUAUUUAAUUAGGGGACUGGGAUAGGAAUAUAAUAGAAAGUGUUAAUAUAAUGAUAAUAAUUAAGUGUAUUAGUAAUGUAUUGAGUAGCGCCCACAAGAGCACUCAAAUGCUUUUUUUAGGGUACAGCUCCAUUUUGGGUUAGCAUUAGUUUGUGUGUGUACCGGUAAGCAGUUUAUCAGGUGGAUUAGCACAUGAAAGGGUUAGCUUUAAUGGGUUGAGUUGCUCAGGAUGGAGGCAGCUUUCCAAUGUUGGGGUAUGUUAGUGUAGCAUGAGCAUGCUUCAGGUUUGCAUUUCUGGAUAGUCUUAUAGAAGGUUUGUUGUGUAAGUUUAACAGACAGACUAGACAGAUGUAUAUUUCUAGUGGGAAAUCAUUAUUGUUAUUUACAUGUAUUGUUAUUUAAAGGUGAUGGUAUUAUUAGAGAGGGGUAUCUAUCAACAUGCCAUACCAUUGGUUGAGUUAGCUGUAAUUGUAUGCUUCUCAUUUUAAUUUGAAAACGUGUGCAUGCAAAUACCCUGACAUGGGCACUGUCACACAUUAGAAACCAUUUGUCAUCAUCUCUGCAUGUGUGUGGUGCCAUUAGCAUUGUCUGGUAUGCACAAGCCUUGAGAGCAAAAGUGCAUUUUGACAUGACACCCUACACAGCACCAAAAUGGCUACAAAUCAAAUGGCUACAAAUCGAAUCAUAUAAUAUUGUAGUCGUGAUGGCGCAUUACAGUAGUAUAUGGGUUGUAAUCUUACACUGUCCAUUGAUUCUCUCAGUGUUUCACAUACUUCUAUCACAGGAUCCCUGUUAAUAAUGGAAGCAUCAAUGUGUUGUUUUCCAGAGGUGAAUUACCUUAAUGGGACAGUGAAGCCAUGCACAGUGCGCCUGCAGAAGAUAAUCAGUAAGAAAAGAUAUUGACAGUUACUGAAGAUUAUCAUUGUUAAUCAUCAAUAUCACUUAAAGGGGCAAUCAGCAGUUGCUACAUCCAUAUUUGGACUUAUAAAUGAAUGAUAUGUACCCAUUGAUUCUUGAAGAAUAUAACUUAUAAAUGCCUCAUGAGCUUAGUUCAACUGUCGUACCGCAUCAGAACCCAAAAUAUAAGCUUGUUUUACUCCAAUGUUUGUAAACAAAGUAAAUGUAAACAAACACUGUAAAGCCUCAAAACAUGGUUAAAACUAUCAUUUUGAUAUCAUGUCCUUGAAUUCAUAGACCUGUCUAUGAAUUUUAGAGUGGUUACAUUUCUCCAGCCCCAUCCCUCAGAUUUCUACCGAAACAGUGGCAGGGACAUCACUUCGUUAUUGUUUCAACUGCUGAUUGGCCCCUUAAAAGCCCAGUGCAGUUAAUGUGACUUUCCUGUGUUUUCUAUGUAUUUCCACACUAUGAGGUUGGAAUAAUACUAUGAAAUUGUGAAAAUGAUAAUAAUGCCCUUUAGUGUAAGAGCUGUUUGAAAAGACUGCCUGAAAUUUCAGCCUGUUUUGGUUGGAUGGAGUUUUGGUCUGCCUGGUGAUUGAGAAAUUGCUAAGAAGCUAUUUUUGUUUCUUUUUGACCAUUUGAAUUGAAAACAAUCACAGUAAGGUACUUAAGAAAUGAUUUGUUAUUGAGAUAAAAAUGGCUGCAUUGGACCUUUAUACUCCAUUUAAGUGAUGUACAGGUGACACAUUACCAGAGACGGUUACCAGCCUACAAUCCGCCUACUGCUCUUCCAUUUCAAUUCAGUCAAUGCAGGAAGUAACCUGAAAUUCAGAUUUUCCUCAAUGCUUUUCAAUCAAACCCUGUCUCUUUAGUUGUCUGUGCACUGUCUUUUCACCUUUGGACAAUUUCAGGCAAAACGAAUGUAUUUUCUGCUUUAAAACAUUGAUUUGGUUUGAUAACAUUUGUGUCUGUAGAUGGACCAAAGAAUGAGGACAAUACUGUGUUCGUUGAGGACGAGGUCAUUUGGACAAAUACUAUGGAGGUAAUGUUUUGUAUUCUUUUGUUGUUGUUUUUUUUGUACAAUAUUUCAUGUCUGGCAGGAUUGGGGGAACCAAUUAGACAAAUAUGGUAACUUAAGAUUUAACUAAGAGUUAUUGUUUUCUUGGGACUCAUAAUCAACUACGCAUAACAGAGCUUCCCUGUAGAAGACGGACAUAUACAGUGGGGAGAACAAGUAUUUGAUACACUGCCGAUUUUGCAGGUUUUCCUACUUACAAAGCAUGUAGAGGUCUGUCAUUUUUAUCAUAGGUACACUUCAACUGUGCGAGACGGAAUCUAAAACAAAAAUCCAGAAAAUCACAUUGUAUGAUUUUUAAGUAAUUAAUUUGCAUUUUAUUGCAUGACAUAAGUAUUUGAUCACCUACCAACCAGUAAGUAUUCCGGCUCUCACAGACCUGUUAGUUUUUCUUUAAGAAGCCCUCCUGUUCUCCACUCAUGACCUGUAUAAACUGCACCUGUUUGAACUCAUUACCUGUAUAAAAGACACCUGUCCACACACUCAAUCAAACAGACUCCAACCUCUCCACAAUGGCCAAGACCAGAGAGCUGUGUAAGGCCAUCAGGGAUAAAAUUGUAGACCUGCACAAGGCUGGGAUGGGCUACAGGACAAUAGGCAAGCAGCUUGGUGAGAAGGCAACAACUGUUGGCGCAAUUAUUAGAAAAUGGAAGAAGUUCAAGAUGACGGUCAAUCACCCUCGGUCUGGGGCUCCAUGCAAGAUCUCACCUCGUGGGGCAUCAAUGAUCAUGAGGAAGGUGAGGGAUCAGCCCAGAACUACGCGGCAGGACCUGUUCAAUGACCUGAAGAGUGCUGGAACCACAGUCUCAAAGAACCAUUAGUAACACACUAUGCCGUCAUGGAUUAAAAUCCUGCAGCGCACGCAAGGUCCCCCUGCUCAAUCCAGCGCAUGUCCAGACCCGUCUGAAGUUUGCCAAUGACCAUCUGGAUGAUCCAGAGGAGGAAUGGGAGAAGGUCAUGUGGUCUGAUAAGACAAAAAUAGAGCUUUUUGGUCUAAACUCCACUCGCCGUGUUUGGAGGAAGAAGAAGGAUGAGUACAACCCCAAGAACACCAUCCCAACCGUGAAGCAUGGAGGUGGAAACAUCAUUCUUUGGGGAUGCUUUUCUGCAAAGGGGACAGGACGACUGCACCGUAUUGAGGGGAGGAUGGAUGGGGCCAUGUAUCGCGAGAUCUUGGCCAACAACCUCCUUCCCUCUGUAAGAGCAUUGAAGAUGGGUCGUGGCUGGGUCUUCCAGCAUGAUAACGACCCGAAACACACAGCCAGGGCAACUAAGGAGUGGCUCCGUAAGAAGCAUCUCAAGGUCCUGGAGUGGCCUAGCCAGUCUCCAGACCUGAACCCAAUAGAAAAUCUUUGGAGGGAGCUGAAAGUCCGUAUUGCCCAGCGACAGCCCCGAAACCUGAAGGAUCUGGAGAAGGUCUGUAUGGAGGAGUGGGCCAAAAUCCCUGCUGCAGUGUGUGCAAACCUGGUCAAGACCUACAGGAAACGUAUGAUCUCUGUAAUUGCAAACAAAGGUUUCUGUACCAAAUAUUAAGUUCUGCUUUUCUGAUGUAUCAAAUACUUAUGUCAUGCAAUAAAAUGCAAAUUAAUUACUUAAAAAUCAUACAAUGUGAUUUUCUGGAUUUUUGUUUUAGAUUCUGUCUCUCACAGUUGAAGUGUACCUAUGAUAAAAACUACUGACCUCUACAUGCUUUGUAAGUAGGAAAACCUGCAAAAUCGGCAGUGUAUCAAAUACUUGUUCUCCCCACUGUAUGUUGUAGCCUAUGUUUGUUUUUAACAUGUUCUUACCUUGCUGUAGUGGGGGUGUGACACAUGAAACCCCAAAUAAACUGCAUGUGACAACACCUGACAAUGGAAACAAUAUCAUUCUUUCAACUCAAACAAACCAAAGCGUGCAUGGAUCUUUUGUGUGCAUGGAUCAUGGAUGUAUCCAAAUCUUGACAUUAUGGUAAACUUAUCUUUACAGGCCUUGUUAAAUAGAGGUCAGCAGUAUGCUUAACUCUGCUGUUGCUUGUCCAAUCAACCAUUCUCUAAGAUUUUACAUUCUUUGAAUUCAAAAGCCUUAAACUAUGCCUAGAAUAAGUGCAUGCCAGCUUUUCACCCUUGUCUAACUAACCUUAUCAGUAAAUCUUUCUAUUUUUUCUCUCAUGUGGGUAUGCUUUAUGGUUCGUAGUAGUGGGCUAGUGGCAAUUAUUGGAUGUGAGAAGGUGUGUGUGAGUGCUUGAAUGCGUAAAUGAGUGCGGGUUUGUGUGUGUGUGUGAGCUUGUGCAUGUGUGCACAUGUACAGUGUAUAUGUGUAAUGCGUGUGUGUGCAUGUGUAUUGUCCCUCAGGGCACCAUUAGGGGCAUUUAUGGCUGGGAGAGCAGCUUACGCCAGAAGCCACAGGCGAGAACUGUAUUUCAGGCUGGUGCCGGCGCCUGGGCCAAGCCACAGGUUCUUGACAACGACAGCAAAAAGGACCAGGAGUCCGAGGCUGCGUCGGUAGGUACUCUCAGAGCUCCUACCUGUGAUGGCUGGUGAGCGGAGAUACCUGAGGACAGGCUCAUUGUAAUGGCUACAGUAUCAAACACAUGGAUUCAUUCCAUUCCAGCCAUUACAAUGAGCCCAUCCUCCUAUAUCUUCACCCACCAGCCUGUAGGAGAGUCCCUCUAACCUCUGGUAAUUGGGACAGUGAAAGGUGCAGUACUGUCAAAACAAGAAAACGUAUAUUUCCUUAGAAAGGUGUGCGUGGCUGUCAUUGGCACAUCAUUAUUUCUGUGCAUGGCUCUUGUGAUUCGACUUCUAACAUUCUGAUUUCCCUUCUAACACUUUUUAUGGACUUGGUGGUCUCCCAUUUCCUCACCUCUAUCAUUCUCACUACUCUGAAAUUGUGCACCAUGGUCUGCUGGAUUGGGUCGCUUAAAGAAAUGCUGACAACCUGACAAACCAAGCAAAGUACCAGAGUAGCGUAUUACAUGUAAAAAAGGAUAUAUCCAAUUGUAGUCACCCAUAAGACAACCUUUCAAGUGUCUUUGUUUACAUUUUCAGGUUCAUCAGAAAUCCGUGAAUGUGUUCGUCACUGUCUUCAAACAUGGCAUUGUCAACUAUUUUAUCUGUGUAUUCAAGCAUAAAUAUUAUUGAUUUUCAGCCCCUGAAGAAUGAGAAUCAAACAUCAACAUCCAAUGUGUCUACACCGAGUCCCAGGGCAGCAAAGAAGGCCGUUGAUUACCAGGUUCCUACUUUCACGACAAUUAGUAUCACAAAUAUUUGCUAUGCAUGCCAACAUGCUUCCUUAUCAUGUAAACCCAUGUGAAUAACCCUCCAUCUCCCUGGGUCUCACCCUGUAGGAUGGGAAGGGUUUCCCCAUUGGAGAGCUGGUGUGGGGAAAGGUGAAGGGCUUCUCCUGGUGGCCUGGACUGGUAGUGCUCUGGAAGUCCAACAAGACACCGCCUGUAUCCAUGCGCCGGGUAGAGUGGUUCGGAGACAGCAUGUUUUCCGAGGUGAGGACUUGGCUUGACUCGUUGUAAAUAACAAGAUUGAUCUGCAGAAUAGAUUGAUGUUUGAUCUGAAUCCUUCCUUUGUUUUGUGUUUCAGAUCUAUACAGAGAGGCUUCUGCAUUUUGCAGCUUUCGCAAAGUGCUUCUGCAAGAAUUCCUAUGCCAGCUUGCCCACCUACAAAGAUGCCAUCUACCAGGUCCUUGAGGUAGGACUGGAAUUAUUUUAUCACUGUAUAACAUUCUAUUGUAAAGCUCCGUACAUCACUGUUUGUUACCUUAACAUAUAUAUAUCACAAUAUUCCAUACUGUAUAAUACCACAAAGCACCACAUCACUCAUUCACCACUCAUAUUUCAUGUCUAUGCAGUUGGCUGGUGAACGCUGUGGGAAGUCCUUUCUUGCAGCGGGGAAUAAGCAAGAGGAGCUUAAGUUGAUGCUGGACUGGGCCCACAGUGGAUUCCAGCCCACUGGACCAGAUGGGUUCAACCCCCCACCUCCUGCAGGUAUGUGUGGUUUAGGGUGAAGUUGCUCCUAGAUGCUGAUCUCCUCACAAAUGGUUAAAGUUAGGAUUGGGGGAGGGGAAGCUGAUCCAAGAUCUGUUAGGGGGAGGGGAAGCUGAUCCAAGAUCUGUUAGGGGGAGGGGAAGCUGAUCCAAGAUCUGUACCUAGGUGAAACUUCACCCCGUAGCGCUUUGUGUUGCUUCCAUUAUAUUUCCACAACAGGGUAACACUUAUUCCUGUGUAGUAACACUGUAAUUACACUUGUAUUAGCAGGUAAUCUCAGUUUCCUUUUGUUUUGUUUCAUUCCCAAAUAUGCCAAAGUUUCGAAGGCAGAAUCUUCAGACUCGCCUCUGUCAGACUACCAGCCCCCAGCUAAGAGGAAGUAUGUGAACAAGAACAGACCAUCCUAUGGGAAUCAGGGCUACAGCAGAGGUAAGUCCUAUACCCACCGCAAUCCAUAUUAAUUCAUAAGAGGGCAGUUAUUUUAGUUACUCUGUCACUAAAUAAUUAUAGUUACAUCAUUUCAAUUCCUUUUUUGUUGUUCACAGAGGCAAUGGUACAAGAGGUUAUGAAAGGCAAGAAAAUUGAAGGUAUUUCGAUUUCUUUCCACUAUAAUUGUGCUUUCUUGAUCUGUAUUUCUCUGCACUGAUGGCAUAUAAUGGAAUCAGUAAUUUUACUAAUGUAUACAAUUAAUUAUUGUAUCACCACAGAAUUCUGUUUAUCAUGUGGAAGCCCCCACAUCCACACCUUCCACCCACUGUUUGAAGGGAGUCUCUGCCAGAAGUGUAAGGUAAACUAACUACAUCUUCUCAUUCAUUUAAUGACUGUUCAGUUAAUUUAUGUAAAUGUAUUCACAUAGACAUGUUAAAUCAUGUCUGCUUAUCAUUUGAAAGAUUGUUGACAUUAAUUACCCUCGUCCCCAUGGUAAAGCUGUCCCUUGUAACCUUUACAGGAGAACUUUAUUGAGACUUUGUACAGAUACGAUGAAGAUGGCUACCAGUCCUACUGCACGGUUUGUUGUGCUGGCCAAGAGGUCAUUCUGUGUGGCAAUGCCAGCUGCUGCAGGUAAGCACUGCUCAAGAGUAAACUUUCCCCUCUCUCUUCUUUCAUUCCCAUUUCCUCUUUUACAUGCAUAUCCUCUCUGUCGUUCUCUCGCUCUUCCUCUCUCAGGUGUUUCUGUAAGGACUGCCUGAACAUUUUGGUUGGCGAUGGAACCUUUAACAAGCUGAAGGAUGUGGACCCAUGGAGAUGCUUCAUGUGCUUACCAUCCCAGUGCAACGGAUCACUCAAGCUGCGGCCUGACUGGAACAUGCGUGUUCAAGAGUUCUUCGUCAACAACAGUGCCCUCGAAUUUGUACCCCACAGGUUGUAUCCCUCCAUCCCUGCGCAUCAACGCAGACCCAUCCGGGUAUUGUCUCUCUUUGAUGGGAUUGCCACAGGUUUGUACAUUCUCAACAUGGGCUUUCAUUCUUCUUGGGGAGAUUGUUACUGAUGAGGGAUUGUGAUGUGUUUUAUGAGGAUGUAUGCAAUGGCAGGUAUUUAUUCUCUUAUCUGACAGGUUACUGUGUGCAGAAAGGUCAGGGUUUGGUCCUUGCUGUGUCUUUUUGGUGUGGUUAAUAGUGAUGCGUGGCUGUGUAUGACCAUUGUGCUCUUGCAGGGUACCUGGUGCUCAAAGACCUGGGCUUCAUCAUUAAACGCUACAUUGCCUCUGAGAUCUGUGGGGACUCGAUCGCUGUGGGUAUGAUCAAACACCAGGGCCAGAUAGAGCAUAUCAACGACGUACGCACCAUCACCAGGAAACAUGUGAGUUCAGCAUACACACACACAUUCAUGUUAGAACACAUUACAAUACACAUACACACUCCUAUGGUCAUUCUCUACAAAAAGGUGCUAUCUAGAACCUAAAAGGGUUCUCCAGCUGUCCCCAUAGGAGAACCCUUUGAAGAACCCUUUUUGGUUCCAGAUAGAACCAGUUUGGUUCCAGGUAGAACCCUAUUGGGUUCCAUGUAGAACCCUUUCCUUUUGGAACCCUUUUUUCUAAGAGUGUAACCUGUGUGUGUCUGUGUGUUUGCUUUAGCUGGCUGAAUGGGGUCCCUUUGACCUCCUGAUUGGAGGAAGCCCCUGCAAUGACCUGUCCUGCGUCAACCCUGCUCGGAAGGGCUUAUUUGGUAAGGAACCUCUACUUCUACUAGACAAUGUAGAGAGCAAAUGUCUGAAGAACCUUAUCCAGUCUGUUUUCACAUCGUUUUAUCAGCAGUUAACAGAGUAGCCUACUGUUACAUGUACAUGCUUACCUUUCCAUUGACCUAGUAAAUGUGUUUGUUUGGGUUUUAAUGGUCGUCUCUGUUUCCAGAGGGUACAGGCAGGCUGUUCUUUGAAUAUUACAGGAUGCUGACCAUGAUGAGGCCAAGGGAAGAUGAUGAUCGUCCAUUCUUCUGGCUCUUUGAAAAUGUGGUGGCCAUGAGUGGUCAUGACAAGGCCGACAUCUGUCGCUUCCUUGAGGUAAAGAUACUAGCUAUUUAAAGAAAGAAAGAAAAAGAAGCCGAAAUGUCAUGGUCAAUGAGGCCUGUCUCGCUCUCCUUCUUUCACUCUCUCCCUCUUUCUCACUCUCUCUGGUCAAUACAUUUGGCUGUAUGUUUGCGUAUUCAUUUCAUAAUUACUAAUAAUCUCAUAUUUUUCCAGUGCAAUCCCAUCCUGAUCGAUGCAGUAAAAGUGAGCCCAGCUCACAGAGCUCGCUACUUCUGGGGGAACCUCCCAGGCAUGAACAGGUAAACAUAUAUACAACUAACACAUAGACACAUCCCCAUACACCUACACACUCCUACUGAUAAACACUAACACAUGCACUCUCAAUAUCUUGUUGUUUUUCUUAUGUUCAACUCAUCUAUAUGAAGUGAAAUGACUUUAUGAUGGUCUCGCAGAGAGUUCACUCGUCUGUAUGUGUUUCUCUCCUUAGACCUCUAGCUACCUCUCUGGAUGACAAGGUGAACCUGCAGGAUUGUCUGGAGCUUGGACGCACGGCCAAGGUAACACUAAUAAGGUCUUGCUUCUAGAUUGUUUUAUAAUUUAGUUGAGCCAUAAAUACUUCACUGGCAAGAGGUUGAAGUUAAAAGUUUGAAGUUCAGGUUACUUCUAAUGUAUAUUUUCAAAUGUAUGAAUGAGUUUCUAGCAUCAGAUGUGAUGUCCAUAUUUGAAAUAUGGUUAAAGCUGUGAUUGUUAUCCGUCUGUUCUUUCCCUUAUAGUAUAACAAAGUUCGUACCAUCACCACCAAGUCCAACUCCAUCAGACAGGGGAAGAUGGGACCCCUACCUGUCGACUUUAAUGGCAAGGAGGACUACCUUUGGUGCACAGAGAUGGAGAAGUAAGCCUUUAUUAUUGAGAGUAAAAGGGUAGGGGUGGACAGCAUAGAAUAUAGAAGUGAUUAUAGUGUAAUUACAUUGUUUUAAUGUGUUAUAGUUACCAUUAUUCUUAUACCAUGACUGAUCAUGGAUACUGCUCUCUCUUGUCAAAGUUAAUGGUCUUAGUUAAUGGAAGUUAAGUGAAUGUAAUUUGUAAUUUCUGGUACAAAUACACUUACCCUAAGGUUGUUUUGACAUUGUUCUAACAUUUUACACAUUAUGUGAUUGACCUUCCUGCAGGAUCUUUGGCUUUCCCAAGCAUUACACUGAUGUCAACAACAUGGGUCGGAGCCAGCGGCAAAAAGUACUGGGCCGAUCAUGGAGUGUACCAGUUAUCAGGCACCUCUUCGCUCCACUCAAGGACUACUUUGCCUGUGAGUAGGGACCUCACGUUCCUGUAUGCUGCACUGUCGUCAACAACAACAGCCACAUGAAAUGGCUGAUUGUUGGAGAGGGGAGGAUAAAAACAGUAUCAUUAUCCUGCCCUGCUUUUCAGUGAAUGGAACUACCCUGUGUUUCUCAGACUGACCUCAGUCAUCUUAGUCUUUUUGUAUCACUGUCUGUAUUGUCUGUUUUAAUUAGUUUUUAGUUCAUGAGCAGCUGUUUCAAUACAGUGUGGUCAUAUUAUCACAAUAUUCCCAGAAUGCACUGACACUUUUUGGUUAUUUCGGUUUGUCUGGAGUAGUUCACGUUUGUCUAUCAUUUAUUUGAUGUUUUGUUGACAUUUGGUCAAUGAUGGUGAGAUCAGACCUCAAACCCUGCCCACUAUCUACCUCAAUACUGAUCUGUGAUUGGUCUGACAUCUGCAGUUUUAUCUCUAUUUAAUGAAUUUUUAUAAAUAGUCAUAAAAUCAUAUUCACUUGUAAUUAUAUGACUGAACCUUCUAAUGUUUUGUUACUUGUUUGGAAAAAAAGAUCCUCCAAAAGAAUUGAAAAUGUGAAAUUCAGAUUCAAACUAAGGUAGAAAAUGUGCCUUGAGUGUUUGUUUGUAUUUUAACUUGGCCAAUAUUCACCAUGGUUACUCUCUCUGUGGUGCUAUAGUAUGUUUCGGUUUUUAAUGAUAGAGGUGGUCACAGGACACGCAUUUUGACUAACAUUGUCUCACUUGCCA